UGCUUCCGGAAAAUGGCUGAAAGUUUCUAGUGUUUUUAGCAGGAAAGUUUAAAACGAAUACCAUUGCACUGAUUUUGUAAAUGCAUGAGUAAACAUGGCCGCCGACUAGGUACUGGGUGGCAAGUAUGCCCGAGCAUGGACAGUACUAGUAGUUUGAUGAUCUGCUCUCUCUCCUCACUGACCUGGCUGUAUCUGAAAAUGGAAGGUGUUUCCAGAAACAGUUUGAUCAACAAGCAGCGGUUUUCUGAUUGCACAUGAGGUGUCUAGAGGUGGCGUUUCCGUGUUGCAAGAAUGGAGGAUGACAUGUUUGACACCCAUUUGUGCCUGGUCUGCAACCAGACCAUUGUUGGCCUCAUCAACUACAUUGUCCACAAAAAGAACCAGUGCCAUGGAAAGAAGCAGACAGAUAUCCAGCCGGAUACGCCUCAUCCUGUUGCACCUGACAACACAUACCAGGCACAGAUCACCUCCAGCAGUCAUCUCCAGCUGAUGAGCACAGACCAGAAUGUUGUCAAUCCAUCCUCCAUGUUAUCAGGACUGGGACAGAGGACAGACAAGGAGUUCUCGUCCCAACUCCUGUUCCCCCAAACCCACCCAGACGCCUAUACUCAGCCCAUGCAGACUUUAAGUGGCCCAACCUUCACCUCUACCACUGCUGCCACAACUCUUCCCACAUCUGUCUCAGAAUCUAGUCAUUACUCUAGCCUUGAACCAUGUCAAGGUAUUACACCCCCAAGCAGUCAACCCAAUCGUCUCUUCCAUGCCCCCAGUUCACAGCUUAAUACCAUGCCUUCAACAUUGUCCUCAUCUCUGACAGCUGAUCCACUCCCACCAGCAAUAGCUUCAGAGCCAUUGCAGUCUGCCUUACCAUCUAUCUCCCAGCAGAACGUUUCAGCAUCACCCAGUCUGUCUUUCAGUGCCCCAGACACAAACCAGAACUCGCAUAACACAUUAUCUGUUGAGGUGCAUUCACCUCUUUCACGCUUCAUCAACGCAAAUCUUAGCCCAAUUACGGGAGGAGCUGUUGAUCCCAACUCUGUAAUGCCCACAACCACUUCGGGGCAUUGUGAAGACUUCUUCCAGUCCCUGGAGCUGCAGAGCAAAGGAGCACGGGAGCAAAAGUCACCCAGUGGAUUUGGCAGAGAUUCUUUGAAUCAUCACUCAAAAGGAUUUGAUGAUGAAGAUCAUGCAGACAUUGAUCUUCCAAUCUCGAAAAUCCUGAGUAAUCUCGACUUCAGUUCUGAUGAGGAUAUCGUAGACUUGCCUUCUGAUGAUGAUUUAGAUUGUAACUUUGAUGUGUAUUCGGAUGAUGACUUUGACAACCCACCCAACUCCCACACAGGAGGAAAGUGGAAGCCAGGCGAAGGUCCUCACUACAAGCCUCAGGGUAAAAAGAUGAAAUGGAGACUUGGAGCAGGGCCAAUCCGACAUGGCGGGAAGUGGAAACCAGGGAUGACACACGGGAAGCACGGACCUGCAUCCAAAGGAGACCAAGGUCAUGCAUCCAAAGUAGAGCAAGGUCAUGCAUCCAAAGGGAAACAGGCCCCAUCAUCCAUAGGCAAACAAAUAGACACAAGGAACUAUGAGUGUAAGGUUUGUGAUAUGACUUUCAAUAAUAGAUUUCUCUAUUCCAAUCAUUUCGGGUCCAAAACACACAAAGACACAGUUACUGCAAAAGAUAGUGAGAAAUCAAAGAAGAUGGAUGAAGAGCAACAAGAGAAGACAGGAAAGAGUAAGAGCGAGAGUGAUGGUCAGGGGGUGAGUCCUAAAAAACAAGUGCAUGUGUGUACUGUUUGUGAUAAGAAAUUCCACAGAAGAUAUGAAAUUGCAAAACAUCUUGUAACAAAUUUCCAUAGAAAUCGUGCCAUGAAGCAUCCUGAGGCAGUGAACAUGCUUCAGAAGUACCAUCAGCUGGUGCUGAGACUCAGUCCUUAUCAGUGUAAACUCUGCUGUUUCUUUUUCAAUCGGGAGUGUGACUUCUUUAACCAUGUUGACAGUGCAGAGCAUGUGUCCAGCUGCUCCAAGGCUGUUGGGCAGCUUGUGUGUGUUGUGUGCAAGUUCAUGGCCAAUGAUUGCAAGUCCCUGAAUGAUCACGUCAAGGGCACAGAGCAUAGAGUUGAAAUGAAGAAGUGUCCAAACUUGUGCAUCAUCAAAGAAUAUGUCUGUGAGAUUAAAUGUAAAUACUGUGGUGUCGUAAUGAACAACAGAAAACGUAUGAGUCGCCAUAUCGCCUAUCGCCACCCACAGAGACAGUUCACAAAGCCAUUUAUUCGUGUGAAGGGGGGCCAUCAUCCAGAAUGCCCGGACUGUGGUAAGAUUUGUGUGUCUCCAUCAGCACUCAUUGUACAUAUCAGAAGGAACCAUACCAAAGAAAGGCCAUUUAAGUGUGAUCCAUGUGGAAAAUCAUUUGCUGUUCUAGGAGCUUUAAGUAGCCAUGUUAAAUCGCGGAGGCAUGAAAAUAAGUUGAAGCAAAAUGCUGCACUGGAGGUGUUGGACCAAGCCUUGAGAGGAAAGCUGUCCGAAGGGAUAAAUGUGAAGCAGGAGGAGGAGGAGGAGGAGAAGGACCUCGCUGGGACACAGGAACUGGAACAUGAUGGGAUCAGGACUGAAGAGGGGGUGAAGAUUGCAGAUGAAGCAUCGAGUGAGGAGGAGGAUGAAAACGAAGAUGAUGCCAUGGUGAUAUUUGAUAAGGAGGACGAAGCUUUUCCAGAAACUGAUGAAAAGAAAGAAUGUGACUUUGGAUUUGAGUCAAAAGAAAAAGAAGAAAGCAUUCACACAAACAAGAAGAUUAUCUUGAGGAAGCGAAAGAAGAAAAAGGUGUUCAAAUGCGAACAUUGUGACUUUGCAUGUGGCCUGUAUUCUGACCUCCGACCACACUGUGAUGAGGUUCACCCUAACGAGGUGCACUACUGUGAGAUGUGCAGCAGCACCUUCCUAUCUCUGAAGGCGUAUCGCAUCCACUGCUCGGGCCGUUAUCACCAGGAACAGAUGGAGAGGAGCACGGAAACAGCGUCGGACCUGUUCUACAAGUGCAGCAUCUGUGACAUGAAGUUUGUGGAUGAAAGGUGGAGAAACUUCCAUUAUGAGUACCAGCACAACCACCUCAACAAUGAGGCUUCACUGCACGAGAUCACUAAGGGGAAUGACAAGGUUACAAAGCUGUAUGGGGAUCAUCUGCAACUCUUAGAAGACUUGCCCAAAAACACCUCUCUGUCUUGUCCCGAGUGUGGAAAAUUCUUAAAAAAAGAUCAUCUUGUGGAGCAUCUAAGGCUUCAUACAGGCGAAAAACCCUACACGUGCCGGUUCUGUGAAAAGUCUUUCGUAGCUAAGCUCUCCCUCCGUCGACAUCUGAUGAUGCACAUGGGUCUUACUGAGAACACGUGUAAUAUUUGUGGGCGUGAGUUUAAGAAAUUGGAAACCUACCGGAACCACAUGGAACAACAUUCAAGUGAAAAGGAGGGUAGUAAGUGCAUCUGUGAUGUCUGCGGAAUGGUCUUCACAUUAAAGAAACAGGUGGAAGCACACAUGAAACGUCACGGUGAGCGCAAACAUAAAUGCCCCAUUGAUGGAUGUACCUGGACAUUUGUGAUGCGACAUGAGCUCAAGAUGCAUAUGCUUACACAUACCAAAGAGAAAAAGUUCCUUUGUGAUAUUUGUGGUUUUGGUGCAACCACUAAAAACCGUCUCCAGCGCCAUGUAAAAACUCAUUCUGGUAUCCGUGACCACCAUUGUAUGUACUGUACAUAUAAGGCCGGAUGUAGCACCCACUUACGCAGACAUAUGCGUAUUCAUAUAGGUUCAAAACCCUUCAAGUGCCCUUAUUGCCCGUAUACAUGCAAUACACAUGAAAACGUUAGGAAACAUAUUGCCAAAACAAAGAAACAUCAAGGACUAAAAAUAUACCCGUGUAAAUUUUGUGAGUUUGGGACGAACACAGGCAAAGAGUUCCGUGACCACCUUCUGACUAGUCACCCUGAUGAGGUGACUGGUGAGAAACUAGACUCACUGUCUGUCUUUUCUGGACUGUAUGUCAGAGGGGACGAUCCCUCCCAACCACAGGAAGGAACCAAGAUAGUCCAUGUCAAAGAGAGACAACCAAAACCACAAAGAAAUGCAAUCAUGCAAAGCAUAAAAAAUGUUAGAUUAACCAAUCAGAAUGCAGACAUUCAAGGUGCAGCUGCAGUUAUCUCCGAGGCAGCCAAUCAUGUUCCCCGUCAGCCAAUUUGCAACAUUGAAUCUUAUUGGUCAAAUGACACCGGAAGCAAUAGGAAUCAUUGGUUCCAGGCAAGUGAUGCCACAAAUGCUAUCACUGCCUUGACCUCUGACCCAAGUAACCUCUACGCUCAGCCAGUGUCGACUUCAGAGAACUGUUUUCUUGUGAAUGUGGCUCAUGGCGGAAUCAACAGCAGCUCCACCAGCUACCACGAGGGAUCCGUUGCCAACGUGGUUGUAGUCUCCAGUGACUUCUAAGGCUGAAACAAUGAUGGUUAAAGCGUUCACUUGUGAUGCUGAAUGCCAGGGUUUCGAUCCCCAAUGGGUACAAUGUGUGAAGCCCAUUUCUGGUGUUGCUGAUAAGUGCUGUAAACCUAUACUCACUCACUCACUCACACAUGCACUCAUUCA